UAACUCACUAGAACGCGAACUAUCGCCGUGGACGGUUGUGCUUGCGCGCAAAAGUCAACAAAUAUUCGGAAAAAUAAAUAAAAUAUUUUCCAAGUGAAAGAGAAAACACAUUUCCAAGUAGAAAAGUGCUUCUAAAAACAAAAACAAAUAUAUCACAUUUACAACGGAAGUGCCACAGAAUCGUGUAAGAAAUAUUUAUCGAUAACGCUUACGAUUUGCCACUCAUAAAUACAUAUAUAAUCACGAAUAUAUAAUUGCUGCGCUGGCUCAGAAAUCGUUGUAACUAUUUCACUGAAUGAACGUUUAGUGCCAUGCUUGUAUGAGGCUUUAUAAACUACUACUACAAUAAGGAAAAGUAAAGUAGAAAAUAAAAAUCAAAUAAAAAAUAACAAUAAAAAUAAAAACUCAAAAAAAAAAAAACUAAAGUAAAAAACUAAAAAUAAAAAAUAAAAUAAAAACCAAGUACAGAUCUCGAAUUUGGAUUACAAAUUUAGCUUCGAACGAGGUCAAUAAAAUUACGCAGCACAGUGUGAUAAAACUUAUAGAUAACGAGUAUUAACUUUGAAGAUUUUGGAAAGACGCUAGCCUCUUGAUUGCUAAUACGCUUUUCCAACCCCGUUCCGCUAACAAAUCGGCCAAAUGAGUGUCGAAGAGGACGAACACGUUCUACAAACUUAAAAGUCCAUCAAUUAAUUACAAUAAUAACAAGCUUGUAAUGGACUGGUUAUUGGCAACGCCACAGAUACACAGCGCUUUCUCAUCAUUGGGUUCCCUCGAGGGGGAUACCUACGUUGUUGGUCCUAAUGCGUUAUCAAUCCUGGAUGAAAUAAACUAUAAGCUCACCUAUGAAGAUCAAACGUUGCGCACAUUCCGCCGUGCCAUCGGUUUCGGUCAAAAUGUGCGUUCCGAUUUGAUACCGCUACUAGAGAAUACAAAGGAUGAUGCUGUGCUCGACUCGGUCAUACGCAUUUUGGUUAAUUUGACAGUGCCUGUAGAGUGCCUUUUCUCCGUAGAUGUUAUGUAUCGCACCGAAGUCGGUCGCCAUACCAUCUUCGAAUUGAACAAGUUGCUCUAUACGAGUAAGGAGGCUUUCACGGAUCCGAAGAGCACCAAAUCGGUUGUAGAGUAUAUGAAAUACUUGUUGGAGUCCGAUCCGAAAUUGUCAUUACAAAAAUGUGACAAAAUCAAUAAUUGCCUGCUAUUGCUGCGCAAUGUGUUGCACAUACCAGAGACGAAUGUGAACUUCGUAAUGCCGUUGGCGCAUUCCCAACAAGGUGGUUCACAUCCGGUGUCGAUGCAAAAUGCGAUACUUUGGAAUCUCUUCAUACAGAGUAUUGACAAGCUCUUGCUUUACCUGAUGACUUGUCCGCAUCGCGCUUUUUGGGGUGUAACUAUGGUGCAGCUGAUCGCUUUGAUGUACAAAGAUCAACAUGUCAGCACGUUGCAGAAACUUUUGAAUUUGUGGUUUGAGGCUUCACUAUCGGAGAGUUCGGAGGAUAAUGAGAGCAAUACCUCACCGCCGAAACAGGGUAGUGGCGAUUCGAGUCCGAUGUUAACGUCGGAUCCCACAUCAGAUUCAUCGGACAAUGGUAGUAACGGUUGUAAGAAUGAGUGUGCCGAAGAGCGACGUCAGGCAUUGCGCGAGGAGGCAACCGAAGCCACACUGCAGGAGGUCAGCCGCAAGGGUCACGAAUAUCAAAACUCGAUGAUGUGUGAUACGCAUGUGAAGAAGGAGGUCGACGACGUGGACUCGGGCAGCACGGACAAUAACGGCGAGAGUGAACAGAUGUGCACGUCCAUGUUGACUACAACACGUAGUACUAAUACUUCACCGACAUCCAUUAAAGUGGAAGCCAUGGAUGAGAUGGCCGAUGGCGAGAGCGAAGCUGGUUGCUCGGGCAAAACUAACGGUGACUCACCACAAUCUUGUGUUAUGAUUGGUGAGAGCAGCAACCAACAACAACAACAACAUAACCAACAACCAACUGAACCCAAACAAAGCACUACCACUGCAGAGGCGAAAAAAGCUGACGCUGAUGCGGUUAAAUUUAAGGCGCCCACAGGUAUUAUAAAACCCAAGCCACUCUCGCAAAUGUUGGCCGACAUGCACGAAGAGGAAAACGAUCCGCCACCACAGAAAAUGUUCCAGAAAGUGCCACACUCGGGCCAAUUGAAUUUGACUAAGGGUAAGAGUUGUCCGCAAAAGCGUGAGUGUCCCUCUUCACAAUCGGAACUCUCGGACUGCGGUUAUGGCACGCAAGUGGAGAAUCAAGAAUCCAUAUCCACGUCAAGCAAUGAUGACGACGGUCCACAGGGUAAACCGCAACAUCAGAAGCCACCGUGUAACAGUAAGCAACGCAGCAAGCAACGUAUUGUGAUGGCGAUGGUGGACAAGAAGGAAUUGCGCCGCAAGAAGCUCGUCAAGCGCAGCAAGAGCAGUCUCAUCAACAUGAAAGGUCUGGUCCAGCAUACACCCACCGAUGAGGACAUCUCUAAUUUGUUAAAAGAGUUCACCGUCGACUUUCUACUAAAAGGUUAUGGUUGUCUAGUAGGCGAGUUACACUCGCAGCUCCUUACCAAUAUUAAAAUACCCAUCGAUACAUCGCACUUCUUCUGGCUGGUCACGUAUUUUCUGAAAUUUGCCGCCCAGCUGGAACUCGAUAUGGAACAUAUAAAUGCGGUGCUCACCUUCGAUGUCAUCAGUUAUCUAACCUAUGAGGGUGUUUCUUUGUGCGAACAGUUGGAAUUGAAUUCCCGUCAAGAGGGUAGUGAUUUGAAACCAUACUUGAGACGCAUGCAUUUGGUCGUAACGGCCAUACGCGAGUUUUUACAAGCCAUCGAAACUUACAAGAAAGUAACACAUUUGAGUGAGGAUGAUCGCUUACAUUUGCGCCGUCUACAGACACAAAUCAGUUCCACCGAAGAUUUGCGUUGUCUAUUCGUUUUGCUUUUACGACGAUUCAACCCAAAUCUACACACCAAACAGUAUCUACAAGAUUUGGUUGUAACCAAUCAUCUGCUACUGCUAAUACUGGAUUUUAUAACACAAACCGAAGGCGAUACCAGCAUCAAGAUGACAGAGCACAUUUCACAAUUCGCCACGCUCGAGGUGAUGAACUAUUAUGGCAUGCUGCUGGAGGACUUCAACAAUAAUGGCGAGUUUGUUAAUGAUUGUAUAUUCACGAUGAUGCAUCAUGUGGGCGGUGAUCUUGGACAGAUCGGCACAUUAUUCCAACCGAUUAUAUUGAAGACCUUCUCACGCAUUUGGGAGGCCGAUUAUGAGCUUUGCGAUGACUGGUCUGAUCUAAUUGAGUAUGUCAUACAUAAAUUCAUAAACACACCACAAAAGAGUCCCUUGUCUUUGCCAAAAACUUCACUGACCGAGCUAACCAAAGAACACAACCUCGAAAACACAGUGUGCGCCUGGACACAGGAGGAAAUGGACACCCUAUAUUGGUAUUAUGUGCAGAGUAAGAAGAACAAUGAUGUGGUUGGCAAGAUCGUGAAACUAUUCAGUAAUAACGGCAAUAAGCAAAAAUCACGUAUCUCGAUUAUACAACAACUGCUGCAACAGGACAUUAUAACCUUAGUGGAGUACGAUGACCUUAUGAAAUUCGAAGAUGCCGAAUAUCAACGCGCUUUACUAACCACACCAACUUCGACUUCAACAGAAUCUGGUAUUGAGCUGAAGAACUCUUCCACUUUUGCCAAGCCCUCCGAUGAUAUACAGAUUUUACGUGAUCUUAUUGUUAAGGAGAAUAAGGAGAAACAUUUAGUUUGGUUGCAAAAGAUAUUGCUGGAAUGUUGCUACAUCAAAUUAAUUUUGAAGAAUUGCUUACAACGUGAAGAUCGUCAGAAUUUGCAAUACGUUAUGGAACCGGUAGCUUAUCAUUAUAUAUUGAAGAACAAAUCCAUACCGGUUGUGCAGUGGAACAGCGAUCAGGCGACAACAAUGCUCUAUCAACCGUUCGUUUUGCUGCUACACAAGCUGGGCUUCCAGUUACCGGCGGAUGCCGGUUCGAUAUUCGCACGCAUACCGGACUUCUGGACCGCUGAAAUGAUGUUUAGCUUGGCGCGCAAGUUGGGACCCCUAGACAAAUUGUUGAUCAAGUUCGAUAUGAGUCAGUUUGAGGAAGCAAAUGCAAUAGAGUUGCAGCGUUGCCAUCAUGCAACAGCGGCCCGUGGUUCGCUCAGCUCAAUGUCCAGCCUGGAGAUGGAUACCGGCGGCAGCGAUGAGUACACGACAUUGGUAACAAGCGCAAUGGAAAAUGCCAACGUGAAUGGAAAUGGUAGCGGAACUGGAACCGGAACAAGCACUACAACAGGCAGAGUAAGCAGUAAUAGACGUUCCAGCAGCGGCAGUGGCAGCAUGUUGGCGCCAGUACCCGAGGUCGAUGCGAAAUUGGAGAAGGCAAGCGCGGCUAGCGAUGUAUUUGCUGUGCCAAAAUCGAAGCACUGCAAUCCGAUUAUAAGGUUUACACCCGAUCCGGCACCAUUGCCGCCAGUGCCAAAUUGGCUGCAAUUGGUGAUGCGAAGCAAAAUAAAUACGAAUGUCCCAGCGCCAACGGAUACCGCCCACAAUAAUAUUAAUAAUAAUAAUAACGCAGUAACAGCAACAACAACAAGUGAAAGCACAACAACAACGCCAACACUGGUGACAACGGCCUCAGCCAUAACGCCAACAACAACAACAGCAACAAUGACAACCAUACAACAACAAAAUGUUUUAGUUACGGCAACAACACCAACGCUUGCUUUAGCGCCAGCCACAACAAUACUAAUCCCCAUGGACCCGUGUCCAUCCAUCAACAAUAUAAUUGGCUUGAAUAAUGAGACGAAUAAUAAUAACAACAACAAAAAUAAUAAUAAAAGUGGCAAAACGGAGUGCAGCACAAAGAGUAGCAACAACAAAAAUGUCAACGAUUUGAACAAACACAAGAGUGACAGCAACAUGCUAGCCGCCAGCGACAGCAGCAGCAGCAACAACAACAAUAAUAAAAGCAGCAGCAAUGCUGGUUUAAGCGUAGGCGAUGGUUGCUAUGCGGGCAGCGAGAGCGGCGGCAGCAGCAGCAACACAAUCAUUAAUGGCGACACAAAUGCCAGCAGCAGCGCCAGCAACAGUCAUCACAGCGGUAAACAUGAGAGCAACAACGCGGUAAUCGCACAGCGUGACAUGCGCAAACACGCCGCACUGCCGGCAAGCGCAACAAUGUCGGCGGUGACAGCAACAGCGAUGGCAGCGGCGGCGGCGGCAGCCGUGGCAGCAACUGACAAUUUUAUCAUCUAUCAGAAGCAACAACAGCAAUUGCAGCAGCAACAACAGCAACAAAACCAUCAGCAACAAUUGUUGCUACAACAACAACAACAACCACAUUUUGAUGCUGCAAUAAAGACGUUCGAUUGCGGCGAGCAAACGCCAUGCAUCGAUUUGAAUUUCGGUGGCAUUGCUGUUGGCGUUGGUAGCGCUGGUGGAGGCAUCGGCGGCGGCGGGGGCGGUGUUGGUGCAUUGAGCACGCUUGGCGGUCUGAAUAGCAAUUUGGAGAACGAAUACAGCGCUAUGGUCGCGUCGGUGUACGAGCACGAGAUCGCUUACAGCGACUGCGCAUCUGUGGCCUCGGACUUAACUCGCAUGUACGUCAGCGAUGAGGAGGACAAAAAUGAGUUUCCUGUCACGCAUUUCACUUGAAAACGUUAACGAAACACUUCCACUACACAUACACAUACAAAAAACAAAAACAUAUACAUAUGAAUUAAUGUAAAGAAGUAAGAGAACAAAAGUGUAAAGAUCUAUUCGAUGUUAAAACUUAAGAAUGUAAGAAUUUGUAAACACUUUCUUUCUACAGAUGGCCUUUACAGAGCAAAGAAUGUGAUUUUGCUAAGGGAAAUGCUUUAUAACUACAAUUGCAUAUUGAAAUGUUAAGUGAAAAAGAAAAAGUAGAACUAAUACUAAACUGGUUUCUAUAACGCUGGCCUAGCUAAUUAAUUCUACCUAUCAAAUAUAUCUCUCACAUAUACAUAAAUACAAAAACAAGUACUUGCUGCCGGAUGCAAAAUGCUAUUA